GUCAAGAAUCCACUUGUUUUUCAACCUACAAAUAUCCAGCGUAUAUAAGCUGCUAAUGGUCUCUUCAUAAAUCAUAACCACUCUCAGAUUUCCUACAUACAAAUAAUACUAUACGUUUCUGUAUUUGUGUUUUUGUAUUCGUUAAAUAAAAUCUCGAAUUCAUUUAGCUGCACAGUUUCUUAUAUUUCAUAUGGAGGAUCGAAUAACCAUCUCUCAUCAUCCGUACACUCCUCUCCCGGACGGCGACAAUGCGCCGUCUUCAGGCGUCUCUCCGGCCACGCAAAAUGGUCGGCGGCGAUCCUUGAAGUUUGUGCUUGUGUUGAGUGGGGUUUUGGCAGUUGGGUUGAUCAUGGGUGCGAUGUUUUCGUUUUCAACUAACGACGGUGGUGCCGUGAAAAUGAGUACGGAGUCGCCGGAGAAAAUAUCGGAGUUGGUGGGGCGUGGCGUGUCGGAAGGAGUGUCGAUGAAGUCGUUCCGGCGGCCAUUAUUGGGAAACGAGCCGCCAGCGAAUUUUCCGUGGAACUCCAACGCGUUGUCUUGGCAAAGAACUGCGUUUCAUUUUCAACCGACCAAGAAUUGGAUGAACGAUCCUAAUGGUCCAUUGUUCUACAAAGGAUGGUACCAUUUAUUCUAUCAAUACAACCGAGAUGGUGCAAUAUGGGGUAAAAAAAUUGUUUGGGGCCAUGCAGUAUCAAGAGACUUGAUUCACUGGAACCAUCUUCCAGUGGCUAUGGUCACUGAUCAAUGGUAUGAUGUCAACGGUGUGUGGACUGGGUCUGCUACAAUUCUUCCUGAUGGUCAAAUUGUGAUGUUAUAUACCGGAUCAACCAAUGAAUCAGUACAGGUGCAAAAUCUAGCAUAUCCUGCUGAUCCAUCUGAUCCCCUCCUCAUUGAAUGGAUCAAGUAUCCCAAUAACCCUGUUUUAGUCCCACCGCCUGGUAUUGAUUUCAAGGAUUUUCGUGACCCGACAACUGCGUGGUUAACGCCUGAGGGUAUGUGGCGUUUUGUUAUUGGAUCAAAACUUAACAAAACCGGCAUUUCAUUGGUUUACGACACCGUAGAUUUUAAAAAUUUUACCCUGCUAGAUGGAUUGCUCCAUGCAGUCCAUGGUACAGGUAUGUGGGAAUGUGUGGACUUCUACCCAAUUUCGAAAGUUGGGGAAAAUGGGCUGGACACAUCAAUUAAUGGUCUUGGAGUGAAACAUGUUAUGAAGGCCAGCCUUGAUGAUGAUAGAAAUGAUUAUUAUGCACUUGGAACUUAUGACCCGGUCUCCACUACUUGGGUUCCGGAUAAUCCGAAAAUGGAUGUUGGUAUAGGACUGAGGUACGAUUAUGGGAUAUAUUAUGCCUCAAAAACAUUUUAUGAUUCAAACAAGAAGAGGAGAGUGUUGUGGAGUUGGAUUAAAGAAACUGAUAGCGAACUUAGCGACAUUAAAAAGGGUUGGGCAUCCGUUCAGGGCAUUCCAAGGACGAUAUUGUUUGAUCAUAAAACUGGUAGCAAUCUACUUCAAUGGCCAGUUGAGGAGGUGAACAAGUUAAGAUCAAACAAAACGGUAUUUGAAAAUUUGGAGGUCAACGGCGGUGCAGUUGUGCCACUUGAAAUUGGCUUAGGGAGUCAGUUAGAUAUUACAGCUGAAUUUGAGGUUGAUAAGAAAAGCUUGGAGAGUGUACAAGAAUCAAAUGAGGUGUAUGAUUGUAAAAACAGUAUGGGAGCUGCUGGACGUGGCGCAUUAGGACCAUUUGGUUUGUUGAUUCUUGCUGAUGAACAACUUUUGGAGCAAACACCUAUAUACUUUUACAUUGUUAAAGGGUCAGGUGGAGAUCUCAAGACCUUCUUCUGUGCUGAUCAUUCAAGGUCUUCUGAGGCAACCGAUGUUGACAAGGAAAUUUAUGGCAGCAUAGUUCCAGUACUAAGAGGUGAAAAAUUAACAGUCAGGAUAUUGGUGGAUCAUUCAAUUGUGGAAAGCUUUUCUCAAGGAGGGAGGACAUGUAUAACUUCUCGGGUUUAUCCAACAAAAGCCAUCUACAAUAAUGCCAAGGUUUUCUUGUUUAAUAAUGCUACUGAAGCUAAGAUCACUGCUUCCCUCAAUAUUUGGCAGAUGAACACUGCUCAAAGACAUUCCCAUUUCACAGAAUUAAUGAUGUAAAUUGCAAUAUUCAUUAUAUAUUCUUUCAAUUAAAAUUGUUUCAUUUUAUUUUUGGAUGUACUUUGAUAGAGUUUUACUUCAAUAAACAAAGAUGAAAAGAUGGUCUAUUACACA